CUUGACUCCUAGCAUGUUUUUGCAUUUUCAUGUGGACUAGAUGUUUUGUUGUUGUUGUUGUUGUUGUUUUUUAACAAAGGACGAUAAACCCCGUUUAUAUAAAUAUCCUUGUACGUGUGGACUAGGCCUAAGUUUUGACCUCUUUGGCGUUCCAUACAGGAUGUGUCAUGUUAGUGUUGAUGUGACGUCAGAUGUUUCGUAGGCAAUCAAAAUGAAGGCACACACGCGGUAGAUCUGGCCAUACCUCGUAACUGAACACAUGACAAUGCAUGAAACUAACGUUAAACCCGGCGCAACAUUUAUUUGUUCGUUUCCCGACUGUCAUGCGUCGUACAACAAAGCGUGGAAGCUAGAAGCGCAUCUCUGUAAACACACAGGAGAGAGGCCUUAUAAGUGCGAGGAUAGCGGGUGCGGGAAAUCAUUCUGCACAAAAUACCAUCUCGCGCGCCAUAAGCUGACACACACCGGAGACAGACCUUACACAUGCACGGAGGACGGAUGCAACGAAGGAUUCACCACAAACUCCAACUUGAAGAAACAUAUUUCACGUAUUCACAGACAAGAGACAAAACAAUACAUAUGUACAUUCGAAGGAUGUGGCAAAGCAUUCAAGAAAAACAACCAGCUGAAAACCCAUGAGUGUGCGCACACAGAGCUGCUUCCUUUCUUGUGUACACAUGAAGGCUGCGGGAGACGCUUUUCACAACGUGGGAAACUGAAGCGCCACGAGAAGGUACACAAAGGUUAUUCUUGCACUGAGGAGGGUUGCUCGUUUGUGGGAAAGAACUGGACGGAGAUGACAAACCACAAAAAAGUUCAUAUAGUCAGGGUACAGUGUGAUCAGUGUCAGAAAACAUUCAGGGACAGCUGGUUCCUGAAGCAGCAUCAGCAUGUUCACUCUGAGGAGCGUGUGGUGUAUCACUGUCCCAGAGAUGGAUGUUCACGCUCGUACACCACUGCCUUCAACCUGCAGAGCCACAUACUGUCCUUCCACGAGGAGCAGCGCUGCUUCAUCUGCGCUCACCCCGGCUGCGGCAGGUCCUUUGCCAUGAAGCAAAGUUUACUGCGCCAUGGUGUGAUGCAUGAUCCUGAAAAGAAACAGUUGAAACCCCGUCCGAAGCGCUCUCUGGCGUCCCGUCUGAGUGGCCACAAACCAAAAAACAAACGUCUAAAGAAAACUUCAAAUCCAGAUGAUUCUUCGGUGCCACAAAUCAACCAAUCAGAAACGACCAUGAAUCCGCAAUUAAUUGGUCAGUUGCAUUCUCUCAGCUCUGAAAGCAGUACAUUUCCAGACCCAGACUUCCCAGAAACCCCCCAGAGUUUCAUAAGUCCUGAUUUAGAGCCCAUUCAAUCAAAAAGUGCUGUCAGCGAAACAAAAUCCAUUUAUUCUGAGCUCAGUGACGCUGCAGAUCCAGUGGUUCACCUCCUUGAGCCGCUCUUAGUGUAGAGUCAUAUUCCACUGAACCACAAAACAACGUUUGUUCCAAAGCAAACAUACCACUGCAGAAAAAUACACGUUUGUACUGAAACUUGCAUGUUUUAUUGUUGCUUCAAGUCGUUCGGUUCCUCUGUGGAGGAGGUAUAAAGAGAUGCUGGUGUCUCAGGUUUUCAUUAAGACUUUGACCUGCUUCGGGGGAAAAAAUGAAGAAGAUACUGAAGUCUGCUGUGCUCAUUUAAUAGUAAAUGUAACCGUUUUGUUGGUUGUAAGUUGACAUUUAUACAAUGAAUUUGUGUAUAAAUAAACUAACAGCAUGUAAACUUGGAUCAAGCGUUUCGGGGUCAAUUCAAGUUAAGAUUUUUGACAGCAUCCAUGAUCAAGUUCAUAAUAAUAAAUCAUGAUUUUACAAGA